UUAGUCAACAUUGCAUCCUUUGUAUGCGGUGUGACAUUUGGAUGGACAUCGCCUAUGAUUCCAAAACUAAAUGGGCAACAAGACCCUGACUUCAACCCCGUUCAACCUCCAAUCACACCCUCUGAAGAAUCUUGGAUCGGUUCUUUACUUCCCCUGGGGGCAGGGAUUGGACCAUUCGCUGCCGGAUUCUUCCUUGACAAGAUUGGACGGAAGAAGACGAUCCUUGCGUCAAACGUACCAUUCCUGGUAGCCUUCAUAAUGUUUGCAGUUUGUUCAGAAGUAAAAUACUUCUUUAUCGGACGGUUCCUUUGUGGUCUAGCAGUCGGUGGUACAUUUACUGUACUGCCCAUGUACGUAGCAGAAAUAUCAGACGACGCAGUCCGUGGGACGUUGGCAUCGUUGUUCCAACUGUUCAUAGUAACUGGUCUCCUAUUUUCUUACGCUGUUGGACCUUACGUCCCCAUAGCGACAUUCAAUUAUAUAUGUGCCGUUUUACCCUGUAUAUUCAUGGUCGUAUUCUUCAUUUUCAUUCCGGAAAGUCCUUACCAUCUGGUGGCCAUCAAAGAUGAUAAAGCUGCGUCCAAAGCUUUGGCGAAAUUCCGCGCAAAAUCUGAAGAUGACAUUCAGAAGGAACUGUCCACUAUCAAAGGUGCUGUUGAAGAAGCAAUGGCGAACAAUGGCAGCUUCUUCGACAUCUUCAAGUCAAAAGGAGCUACCAAAGCUCUGAUUAUAUCUCUAAGCCUUGUCGCCUUCCAGCAGUUCUCUGGUAUCAACGUGAUUCUGUUUUACAGUCAGACAAUUUUCGCAGCAACUGGAAGCACUAUUCCACCAGACCUUUCGAGCAUCGUGAUAGGUGCAACACAGAUAGUUGCGAGCUUUAUCACUCCAGCUGUUGUUGAAAAAAAGGGGAAAAGGUUUCUGCUCUUAAUCUCAGGAAUAGGUAUGGGAAUUGCGGAAGGCGUGUUGGGUUACUACUUCUAUUUGAAAACGGCGGGUUCCAAUGUUCAGCCCAUUUUCUGGCUUCCCGUCGCAUGUCUGAUCGUUUUUAUUUUGGCCUACUGUUCUGGUUUUGGACCUUUGCCAUGGGCCGUGUGCGCCGAAUUGUUCACUUCCGAUGUCAAAUCUUCAGCUUCGACAGCUACAGCGUCCAUCUGCUGGCUCUUGGGCUUCGUACUUACCAAGUACUUCGCCGACGUGUCCAAUGCCAUUGGCAUUUCAAACUCGUUUUAUAUUUUCGCUCUUUGCUGCUUCCUGGCGGCACUGUUCGUCUAUAAACUGCUACCGGAAACGUCGGGGAAAAGUUUACAAGAAAUACAAGACAUAUUGAACGGGAUUAGGAGGGACAAUAAUAGCGAAAACACAAAACUGUAAGGACAUAAUACCACGAGUGAGUUUAAGGUGCCAUAUAACAAUUACGUUAAAUAUUACGUGCAAUAUUAUUAUUAUUAUUUUUA